UCUUUUAAAUCCCUGAGCGCUACUUCUGUAAAUCACUGUGAACUGGGUCCUACCAUCAGAGAGACUGCAGCACAAUGGAAGAAUCAGCUUUCAGAUCAACCAAGAAAAAAGUUGUGGCAGUGGUAGGCGGAGGUUUGGUUGGAUCACUGAAUGCCUGCUUCUUUGCCAAAAGAGGCUUUGAUGUGGAACUCUUUGAAACUCGGGAAGAUAUCCGGCAAGCCGAAAUUGUCAGGGGGAGAAGCAUCAACCUGGCUUUGUCUCACAGAGGCCGGCAAGCACUGAAACAUGUCGGAAUGGAGGAAAAGAUUGUUUCCCAAGGAAUUCCCAUGCAUGCAAGAAUGAUCCAUUCACUGAGUGGGAAACAGUCCCCAAUCCCUUAUGGCAAGAAAGGCCAGUACAUCCUGUCAGUAGACCGAGCCAAUUUGAACAAAGCGCUGCUAACAGAAGCAGAGACGUAUCCAAACACAAAGCUGAACUUCGACCACAAACUGCAGGACUGGAGUGCUGAAACAGGGCAAAUGACCUUUGUCAGGUCAGAUGGAUCCAAGGAGCAGAUCAUGGCAGACCUAAUAGUGGGCUGUGAUGGAGCUUUCUCUGCCAUCCGCAAACAAUUCCUUCGCCGCAGCCGCUUCAACUAUAGCCAGACCUACAUCCCCCAUGGCUACAUGGAGCUCACCAUGCCGCCCAUCAACGGAGAGUUUGCCAUGAAGCCUAAUUAUCUACACAUCUGGCCACGGAACACAUUUAUGAUGAUUGCCCUGCCCAACUUGGACAAGACAUUUACCUGUACCCUCUUCAUGCCCUUUGAAGAGUUUGAGAAAAUCACCACAGGAGAUGAAGUCAUUGAGUUUUUCCAGAAAUACUUCCCUGACGCCAUACCACUAAUAGGAGUUGAUGCUCUCAAGAGGGAUUACUUCCGAUUGCCCGCGCAGGCCAUGGUGUCUGUCAAGUGCUCCCCAUAUCACAUUGGCGACAAAUGUGUCCUUAUGGGCGACGCAGCCCACGCAGUGGUGCCUUUCUACGGGCAAGGGAUGAACGCUGGCUUUGAGGACUGCAUUGUCUUUGAUGAAAUAAUGGAUCAGCUCAAUGAGGAUUUCAGUGCUGUGCUGCCUGAGUAUAGUAGAGUGCGAAUUCCAGACGACCAUGCAAUCGCAGACCUGGCCAUGUACAACUACAUUGAAAUGCGAGCACAUGUCAACUCCAAAUGGUUCAUUUUCAGAAAACAUGUUGAUAACUUCCUCCACUUCUUCAUGCCGAAGACAAUAAUUCCACUUUACACAAUGGUGACUUUCACUAGGACAAGAUACCAUAAAGCUGUGGAGCGCUGGCAUUGGCAAAACAAAGUGAUAAACCGUGGCCUGCUGUUCGGUGCUUCGGGAGCUGUUUUUGGAGUCUCCUACCUGCUCAUUAAAAAUCCUCCCGAUAUCAAUAAGCUCAUCAUCCCUACUGAGAAAAUGUGGAACAGGCUUAUGGCCCUCAGGACCUCUUGAGCACUGACGGAGUCUCUGAUCUGACUGACGAAGUGUGAAGACUGGAGUGUAAAACACUAGAAGGAACUGAGAGGGUCUAAAUUUUAAUUGGAGUUUGAUUGAGUCCUCUGAUUGGCAAUGGAAGCUCUGCCAGACAAAUGUAUGUACUGUAAUAAUGAUUGUUGUAACUCAUACCUGUCAUAGAUUUAAAUUUACAUUUGAUUAUUUUCAUGCCAUCGCCAUCGUGCACAACUUUUAAUGUGAAAACAAAAUGUCAGUAUUAAACUCAGGGGCAGGGUCUAGUGUACAUGUUUGAGUUUAUAGUGAUGUUUAUAGAAGAACUACAAAUAAAUAUUCCCUCAGCUCAUACAUACUAUCACAUUCUUAUUUUUAUUUUCACUCCUGGUCUUUAUUGUUAUUCUUCUCUGCAGUAUCUAUUUGACACAAUUAGGGCCCUUUAUAAUAAUAUCUUCUCUCUAUCAACAACUGCUUUUUUUGUUGUUUGUUUUGUUUUGUUUUGUUUUUUACACUGGCAGUAGCAAGUUGUGACCGCAACACUGAUCUACCCUCUUAAGUUGAUAUGGUGAACUUGUUAGCAGACAGUUACUUAUUUACACUUAAUUUGCUGCUUAGUUUGAUAUUUUGGGGAGUACUGUUAUUCAUUUUCUUGCCAAGCGUUAGAUGAGAAGGUCAUAUGUCUGUUACAUUUGAAGCUAGCAGCUUGCACAUUAGCUCAGCUCAGCAUACAGACAGGAAACAGCUAGCCUGGUAGUCCAAAAUCAACAAAACCUGUCUAUUAAUGCCUAUUAAAUAAGCUAACCUAACAGUC